GCCUCAAGGACUACCGUAUCCGACUCUGCAAACAAAGAAACCGUCGACUCCAGCGGUUCGCCGAAAGCUCCGUUCUACAAGCUUGUGCUAAGGCCUCGCCCCUCCAAAUUGCACUUGCUACAGUACCAUCGGCUCUGAUAAGCCUGCCGCGUGAGCAACGUCUUCUUAUCCUGGAGUAUACCAACUUGGUGUACGGAGUAUCCAUGCUAUUGUCUGUACCGCCCGCCUUGUUUGCAGCACGAAGGGGGCUGUCCGCCUCAUAUCCAUUACGGUUGCCACUAUGCCAAUGCAGCGAGGACCCCAACCCGUGCCGGCUCCCACCGCCCGCAGGUUGUUUCUGCCGCCGCUGACAUGUUGCAUUCUCCUUCAGCUGCAACUGCUGGGCUCCGCCAACCAGCCUUUAUCUCGUCUGCCGGCUCCUGUCCCGCGAUGCGCAACUGGUCUUCUUCUCAGGAAACCGUUUGAUGGUUCACGACACGACGCCACUCUUGGCCUUGCCACGGAUCUCAAACGAACUCCCGGCGUCGGCGAUCCCCAGCAACGAGGAGCCCACCCAUACAAGCAUCUUGCUGCUUCACGUUUCCUCCGAAAGACCGUCCCUAUCGACUGCCUAGCCCACAUGCGAUUUAUUGAAUCCGUCUUUCCUCCGUACGUGCCGCAGGGCUGGCCCCUACACUUGGCGAUGGUGAACUGGCGCGCCACGGUCGAUUGGCUGCGUACUGUAGUAAGAUCAACGCUGGGGCGCUUACCAUACGUAUUGUGUUCGCCGACUUCCAUAACAGGGAUGUUAUAGGUCGCCGGAGUUGUCUGAGGGUCAGGGGAUGUGCAUUGUAAGAGGAUACAGGCGCAUCAAUUAUCCUUUCA